AUGAAUAAAAACAUUGUAAUUAUAUUUUUAUUAAUAACAUUUUAUACAAAAAUAUCUUCAUUUACUAUUAAAAUUGGUGGAAAAAAAGAAUUAGCAGAAUCUUCUCCAACAAUUUUAAAAUCAAUUAAAGAUGGUAUGAACAAAAGGAUAAUGAGAAAGACAGUAUUAAAUAAUGUUUAUCAGCCAUGUAAAUUACCAGAUAUAUGUUUAAAUGGUGGAACAUGUAGUAACAGAGGAAAUGAUUUUGAAUGUCAUUGUCCUCCACAUUAUCAUGGUAAACAUUGUCAAUAUAUAGCAGAUUUGAAACAUUGUUUAAAUAAUAAAUGUUUUAUUUUAAAAAAUGAUGAGGGAGAAAUUAUUGUCCAAUCAACAUGUUAUAGUCUUGAAAAACCUAUAAAAGUUUCUAAUCCUGAUUUAAGAAUUUAUGAUACAUAUCAAUCAACAAAAAAUGAAAUUAAUAAAUAUACCAAAAGUAACUAUCAAUUUUCUACAAUGUUGGAUUCUGAAACAAAAUCAUACAUUGAAAUUCAAUAUGGAUGUUGGUGUCCAAGAGAUAGAUCUGGUUAUUUUUGUGAAUAUAAGUCAAAUCAUAAAAAUUGUAAUUACAAUACCUGUAAUAAUAAUGGAAGGCCUGAAUAUGAUGAGAAAAAAGGAACAUGUAAAUGUAUCUGUGAAGAUGGUUGGAGUGGUUUAUUUUGUGAUCAAGAAACCAAAUGUAGAAAUAUAAUUUGUGGAAAUGGUGGCAAUUGCAAUCCCAAUACAGGAAAAUGUAAUUGUAUAAAUCAACAAAAUGUUUUUAAAAAUUAUCCUAUAGAAAUUGAAGGAGAUAAUUGUGAAACAGUUAAAUUAAAAGAUGAAGACAUUAAAAUGAAAAUACCUUGUAAAGCAUCAUUUUUAGAAUAUACAAGAAGUUUAACUGAAAAAUUUUAUAACGGUAUUAGUAUUGAAAAAGUUGUAAAUUUAGCUGAUAUUUAUCAACUUAUUAAAAACUGUAAUGAAAAUCGAAAAGACAAUAAACUACCUGAUGAUUGUGAGAAAACUUUAAAUGUUGCAAAUUGUUACGGUCAAAAUUCAAUUUGUGCUUUAAAAAUUUGGCAAGCACCAUUGGUUAAACCAGGAUAUGAAGUAAAUUAUACAGGAAAUCUGGAAAUUGAUAACAAAAUAAGAAGUAAGAAAACAGAUAGUACUCCAACUUUAAUUCCAUCAUGUAUUUGUGAAAGUAAUAGAGCUGGAGUAUUUUGUGAACUUGAAGAUGUAAAUCCUUGUAAUCCUAAUCCAUGUAAAAACGGUGGUAAAUGUCUUACAUUAAAAUAUCUGGACUAUAAAUGUGAUUGUAUAGAUGGUGCUAGUGGAAAAAAUUGUGAAAUUACUGAUCCAUGUUUUAAAAAUCCUUGUGAAUGGCCUGGUUCAACGUGUAUUAGAAAACAAUUAAUUAUUGGAAUGACUGUUUCAUAUAAAUAUGAUUGUAUAUGUCCAGAAGCUGAUUCACAUAAACGAGUUUGCCAAAAUUCAGCAAUAGGGGCAUGUAAAAAUCACAAAUGUAAAAAUAAUGGACACUGUGCUCUGUGUCCUGAUGCUACUGGAAAUUUAGAUAGUUGCUCACAACAUGAUAUUAUUCAAGGUUACAGAUGUAUAUGCCCUUUCGGUCAUAAUGGAAUAUAUUGUGAAAAAGAGGGAAAUGUUUGUGACUACAAUUUAUGUCAAAAAAAUUCAACUUGUGAAGUAGAAAAAAACAAUCCAUUGAAUUAUAAAUGUAAUUGUAAACCAGGUUAUACAGGAAAACUUUGCAGAUUACUAACAGACUUGUGUACUUUUAAGGGUAAUUCUUUAUGUGGAAAAAAUGGCAUUUGCCACCAAAAUAACAAUACAGCUGAACAUUUUAUUUGUAAAUGCAAGAACAAUUACGAAGUUUAUCAAUACUUCUCAAAGAAAUCUUUUUUGGAACUGUUUUAUAAAAUGAUAAACAAAUUAACACAGUUAGAAAUUCAAAAACUUAAUUUUGGUUAUAAUUCAGUAACCAAAACGAUAUCUGAAUCAGAACAUAUAAAAUAUUUAUAUGAUAAUCAUAAUGUUAGAAUUUUUGCCGAAAGUAGAGUAAAAGAUUUUCAUGAAAAAGCUGUUUACCUUGAAAAUUUUUGUCCUGACAUCAGAUGGCACUUUAUAGGAAAACUACAAAGUAAUAAACUCAAUCAACUUUUAAAAAUUAAAAACAUUAGUAUGAUUCAAACAAUAGAAGAAAAAAAGUAUGCAACUUUAUUGAAUGAAGCAGCAAACAAAUUAAACUAUGCUGACAAAAGCUUAAAUGUUAUGGUUCAGGUUAAUGUGUGUGGUGAAGUCCAAAAACAGGGAUGCAAUCCAAAUGAAGUUCUUGAUAUAUUAAAUCAUAUAGUUGAAAAUUGUCCAAAAUUAAACUUAAGUGGGUUAAUGAUGAUUGGUGAAAAACAUGAUUUGAAUGAAAAGGAAAAAGCUGCGGAAGAAUUUAAUAGAUUAAAACAAUUAAAAUGUGAUUUAGAGAACAAAGAUAAAAAAUUUUCAUUGAAAUUGUCAAUGGGUAUGUCAAGUGAUUAUGAUAUUGCAAUAGAAUGUGGUAGUGAUUAUGUUAGAGUAGGAACAAGUCUAUUUGAUCCAGACAUUUAA